UCUCCAAAUUGGCGGAUAAACAUACUCCCUCCCUUCUCUAGCCGUUCCUUUUAUUUCCCUGCAAUUUUCUGGGCUUAAUUAACAAUUUUUCAAAUGUUCUUCUUCUGCAACACCUUCUUCUUCAUCAACAUUAUCUAAGUUUAUCUCAACUAUGGAAAAACUUUCUCUCUCUUCAACGCCAACUCCAUCGUUUUCUCGCCCCUUUCUCUCUCCUCUCCUACCCUCUACUAAAAGGGUAUCCUUCACUCUUACUAACCCUAAGAAAUUCUCAGUUUCUGCCUCUAAAAAUGACCCUAUUGAUGAUAAAAAGCUCAAUCAAUGGGACUUAAUGGAGCUUAAAUUUGGAAAAAUGUUGGGAGAAGACCCUAAACUUACCUUAGCUAAGAUAAAGGGAAGGAAGUUAAACCCUGAUGCAUCUUAUGUCGAAAUUGAGAAGGAUUUUUAUAGAAACAAGGGGAAAAUAGUGGAAGUGAAAGAGGUUCCGUUUGAUGUGCCAGAGAAGCUCGGGUCGAAAAAAGUUACAAAUGGUUUGAAUUUGGUGAAACCAGUACCAAAGAAAGGGAUUGUUGUUGGGGGUGGUGAGGUUAAUUCUAAUUUGCCUGAGAUAAAGAGGCCAAGUGAGUUGAUUAGAAAUAAAACGAGUAGUGAGGAUGAUUUUAAUUUGCCUGAGAUAAAGAGGCCAAGUGAGUCGAUUAGAAAUAAAACGAAUAGUGAGGACGAUUCUAAUUUGCCUGAGAUAAAGAGGCCAAGUGAGUCAAUUAGAACUAAGAUGAGUAGUGUUAGUAAGUCCAAUGUUCCAAAUGUUAUAUUACGAAAACCAAGCGUGUAUAAUGAGGAAGACGAUGAAAUGUAUAAUUCAUCGAGGUUGAAGAUUAAGCCGAAUUUGACAUUGUCGAUGAGGACAGAACCAGUGAGGGAGAUUUUUAGUGGGAUGACAUUGUUAAAGAAGCCUAACAUGAGUGAGGCGAAUGAGGAUGGCGGUAUAAAUGAAAAUGGUUCAAGAGAUGGAUCAGUGUAUGGUGGACUUCUGAACAAAUCAGCAAACAAAUUUGAGUCUAAUAUGGAUGAUGACGGUCAAAGCUUGACUAGGUUUGGUGAAGAAAUGCUAUUGGAGAAACCCCAAGCCAUGGUGCCCCAGGGUACUGAAGGGAUUGGAAGCAAUUCUAUGCCUAAUGGAAUGGAUGAUAUGCUAGAGGAUUAUACUGAAACGUUUCUAGAAUUUGGAGGCGAAUUGAUUUCAAAGCAAGAUGGACCGGGAGAGAUUUCCUCGAUAGGAAUUCAGAACCUUGAGCAGACUGAUGCUGGAAAUUCAGGGAAUGGAGACGGGGUGAGUAAAUCCUCAGGUGUAACAGAGACUGCCUCUCAGUUCUUUGUUGAUUCUGCUCUCCGGGGAAAACCAAAAAGAUUAGACCAAUCUGUAAAAGAAACAUCAUCCUACCCAAUUCAAGAGAGCACGGUUCAUGCAUAUCCUGAAAGGUUCGAUGGUAAAGGUGUCCAGGAAGAAUUGUCUCAGCCACAGCCUCUGAAGGCAACGGAAGAGACUGCUUGGACACAAUUGGAGCAUCAUUUUAAUCUUGGAGAUAAGGUGGAUGUGGAAUUAAUUAAUUGCAGUCCAAGAGGAUUUGUGGUAUCCUAUGGGUCAUUAAUAGGAUUUUUACCAUAUCGAAACCUGGCAGCAAAGUGGAAGUUCUUAGCUUUUGAGUCAUGGUUGAGAAGAAAUGGUUUAGAUCCAUCCAAGUACAGGCAACAUUUAGGCAUUAUAGGAAAUGAUGAUGUUUUUAAAAAGAGCAGUUCUCUUGAGUCCUCACCAGUUCUAGAAGCCAGUCAUAGAGAAAAAGAAAAACUUGAAAUUACUGCUGAUAUGGAACUGGAAGAUCUUUUGAAAAUAUAUGACCAAGAGAAGAUCCACUAUUUGUCAUCAUAUAUUGGUCAGCAUAUCAGAGUCAAUGUCAUGUUGGCUGAUAGGAAGUCCAGGAAGCUUAUAUUUUCUAUGAGGCCAAAGGAAAAGGAAGAAACAGUUGAGAAAAAAAGAAGCCUCAUGGCAAAGCUUAGUGUGGGAGAUGUUGUGAAAUGCUGCAUAAAGAAGAUAACUUAUUUUGGUAUCUUUGUUGAGGUUGAAGGAGUACCUGCUUUAAUACAUCAGACAGAAGUAACAUGGGAUGGCACACUAGACCCUGCAUCAUACCUUAAGAUUGGCCAGAUUGUGGAGGCUAAAGUUUUUCAAUUAGACUUUCAACUCGAGCGCAUUUUCUUGUCCCUAAAGGAGAUAACACCAGAUCCACUAAAUGAGGCAUUAGAAUGCAUUGUUGGAAAUAAUGGCUGCAGUGGGGGAUCAAAUGCUGCAGAAAUUGACUCAGAGUGGGCUGAGGUGGAUUUACUUUUUAAAGAACUGCAAGCAAUUGAUGGUGUUCAGAAAGUCAUUAAGGGCCGGUAUUUCUUGAGUCCUGGUUUGGCACCCACAUUUCAGGUUUAUAUGGCAUCUAUGUUCGAAAACGAGUACAAGCUACUAGCUCGAUCUGGAAACAAAGUACAGGAGUUAAUGGUUCAAGCGUCACUGGAUAAAGAAGAGAUGAAAUUGGCGAUUCUCAAUUGCACAAAUAGAGUUGAGAUAUGAUUUUGAUCAGCCUCUACCUCCAAUUUGUACAUUCUCUCCUUCCACAGAAUAGGCGAUUCUAAAUGCUUUCAUCUCGUCUCUUAAUUUGGGGCUCCCUAACCUUUUUGUUUAUUUGUUAAUUGUAAUUUUUUAGUUGGGAUUGGGAUAAUUUGGUUCUUAUACUAUCUACGAGUACAUGCUAAUCUGCUAUAGGAUCUUAUAUUACCUGUAAGGCUGUACCAACUAUACGAACAAUACCAAUCAACAGAAACUAUCAUCCAUUGAAAUUAUAUUCGGUAAUCACGAAUGUAAAUAAAGAAUGUUUUUUAUAUA